UAAGAUGGUAUCGAAGCGUAGUAGAAAAUGGCCACUACAUUAGAGGGGAAUGUCUAGCGACAAGGACUCGAUCAUCACUUGAAAUUCACUUGGAGAAUGUAGCGGUGCACAUAUGUUGCCAUGUACCCUCCAAGCCGAGCUGCCCGCUUCCUUGUGGUAAUUGGAUUCUCGUUCUUUGUCUUACUUCUCCAUAGCAUUGACAAGCGUCAAACGUACGCCAGACUCGAAUUCAUCGACGUCAAUUCCGGUUGGUAUCAAAACUCUGUGUCUGGUCAUGACAAAAACCGAUCUUCAGGAGGACGUGAAAAGAAUAGUUUCGAGGUUUGUGAAAAGACGUACAAUGUCGAAUUCCAGACAGUCAGUGCAUAUGCUAGUCAGAGGAUUUAUGAAAAUCUUCAUUUAAAUUCUGAUUGUUUCGUCAUAGAAGUCGGAGGCUUCGAAGGAGAAGCGAUGAGGACACUUUUCCAGGUUUAUGAUAUUGGAUUUUAUGUUGUAGUUGAACCCAUUUGGAAAUAUUACAAAACGUUAAUUAAAAAAUCAAAACAUCUACCACAGGGACGAAUCCAGGCCCUCAAUAUAGGCUUGGGAGAAAAGGACGACACGGUUAAGGUCAAAACAACAGGAAACUGGACGGGCCUGUAUAAUGGACAAACCAAAAACUGGCAAAGUGAAAAUGGUGAUAAUGGAACUAAACCAGAACAGAUGGCCGACAUAAAUAUCAUCGGUGUUGAAAGGUUCUUUAAGGAAAUUGGCAUCGGUAGUACUGAUGGGGUCAGAGGUCAACUCGACCUACUGAUUUUGGACUGUGAAGGUUGUGAGUAUGACGUUUUGGACUAUUUGGUGAAAUCACCGAACGUGCUUCAUUACAUCCGGGUCAUUAUGUUUCGAUCACACAGGUUCAAAGGUCAUGAACAAGAAAUGAUCCAUAAGUACUGUACCUAUCAGGAACUACUUCCGUUGACUCAUGAAAUUCUGUUCCAGAAAAAGUUUUCCUGGGAGGUUUGGAGACUCCGGAACAAGAUGUAACCAUAUUUUCAACUUCCGAAAAUAAUGUUAUCUUUUUAUAUAUAUUUAAUUUAUAUAUAAAUUUCCCGUUGUCAGUGCCAUAACGUCAUUUGAUAUGAACACACGUAUAUAUAAUGUUGGUUCGUUGGGACCUAUAUUUUCAAAUGUGACGUCAUGACUUCUUUGACGUGACGUACACGGAGACGUCACCGAAGAAAGAAGCAUUAAGUCGGUGAGAAUAUCGUCAAUUUAAGACUUAGUCCGAUUUACAUGUGGGUUUUUUUUCCAUAAUUAUUGCAAAAUAUCAGUCAUGUCAUAAACAUUAUCUUGCACGUGCAUGUUCUCUAUAAGCAGCACUGAUGACGUCAUAAUAAUAAAAGUGGUAACGGACAAAAAACCUUUCCUCAAUUACAUGUAUCAUGUUAAGUAGUAGUGUGAUUAUUGCUCUAUAUGGCACAUAAAAUACUCACCGUAUUUUUGGGG